GCUGUUUGCUGACAGUCCGCUUGAAGGUCUCGGCCUGCGGGAUGGUGCCGCACGGCCAGAAGCGAGGAGGAAGGAGGUGGUCAUCCAACACGUCAGACUCAAAGCAAGCUGCCUGGAACUGUAUCUAAGUAGAAAGAAGAGAUCUUCCUCUGGAGUAGGUGUCUGGAGUGGUGGAAGGUUCGUAGACUUGUUUUGAUCUCUGGGAGGAAGCAAUCUGCUGAUCGGAAGCUCGGGGCAACGGGGUAGCAUCAGCUUUUCUAGGUGGUCACACAAUCAACACUGACAACAGGUGGAUUGGUUGGCUCGACGUCGUGGCAAAAGUUUGAUCAAGUGGACAGCUUGAUCAAACAAGGAUCUGUGGUCCCCAGUAAUGAACCUCCAGCUGACGAUUUGACUUCAGUAAAUAGACCACAUGCUACCAAUGAUUUUCGUAGCUUCAGCUCCCUAAAGCAGAAAGCACAUGCGAUCGAAUGCGGGGUUUGACAGCAGCAGGGCCAUAGCUUUGGAUUGAACAGGCACCUGGAAGCUCACAAGCGACCUGAUCUCAGAAACUUAGCGCAAUCACCCAAAAGUUGACGGCAAUUGUGGCAUUCUCAGGGGUUAGAGAGGAAGGGGCACAGUUACGCGGGCAGUUUAAUCCUUGAUAUAAUUAAGGGAGGCGGGGAUGAUCUGGCGCCCGUUCUGCUUAGUUUGCAGUCCGCUGUGAAGACGGCGUUAAGAAUGGGGGAAAUGCUCGAUGGGCUGGGGCUGUCAGGUGACGGGAUGCCUCGCCGCCACCUGAUUGGUCGGCAGCUGCUGCAGGCGGCGUCCCCAAAUGUGACAAUUGUGACAUCGUCAUCGGAGCAGAUUCCGACAUGGGUUGUGAUUACUGUAGCGGGGUCGGUGGGGGCAGUGGCGUGCAUCCUGUUGAUUGUCCUCAUUGUGGUGCUACUGAUGCAGAGACGGGGCAUGAAGGCGGGCCGGGCAGGUGCCCACUCCGGCUCUGGCCCCUCGAAGCAGCUCCUCUCAAACCCCGGCAGCAACGAGGACGUCGAGCGACAGCUGAUCCCGAAGCGAGAGAUGAUACCGAGAGAAGCGGACGGGUGGCCGUUCUGUCUGCACCCCAUCGAGCAAGUCCCGAUGACGGUCGAGAACAAGAUGCCCAAAUACAGCCUGGCGGAAGUCCGUCGCGCGACGGGGGACUUUGCGGAGGACGGGCUCCUGGGGGAGGGGCGAUACGGGGGGGUGUUUCGAGGCACGCUGGACGACGGGCGGCCGGUCGCGGUCAAGCGCAUGCGGGUUGAGCAUGUACGGGGAGAGUUGACCAAAUUUGGAAACCGCGCGGAAAAGGAGUUUUUGAGCGAGGCGGAAGUGAUCGUUCGGGUUCAUCAUCGGCACCUGCUGCCUCUGAUCGGCUAUUGCUCUACGAGGGACGAGCGGAUACUGAUUCUCAUGUACAUGGGGCGGGGAAGCCUGGAGGCGAAGCUGAGAGAUCGGCGCAACUCCUUGGACUGGGGCGCCCGAUACCGGAUUGCGGUGGGGGCGGCCAAGGGCAUCGCGUAUCUGCACGAGGACUGUCUCCCGGGGAUUCUGCACCGUGACAUCAAAACGUCCAAUAUCCUGCUUGACGAAUCCGACGAGCCGAGAGUGGCCGACUUCGGCUUCGCUCGGAGCAAGGAGUUCGGGAAGCUGUCGGGGAGCGUGCAAACACAAGUGGUCGGAACACCGGGCUAUCUCCCCAUUGAGUGCGUCCUGUUCGGACAGAACAAUAGCAUCAAAUCGGACGUGUACGCAUUCGGGGUGGUGCUUUUGGAGAUUCUUUCAGGGAAGCCGCCGGUCGAGGGGGAGGCGGGGUCCAAGAAGACGCUCGCGCACUUCGCGAAGGAGACCCACGACUACGGAGGCGGCCUCGCUGACGUCAUCGACCCCGCGCUGGGCCGCUCGUAUGACGUGGACGAGGCGGUGCGGCUGUGGCACACGGCGCUGCACUGCGUCAGCGACGACCCCAUCCGGCGGCCGCGCAUGGGCCACGUGGUGCUCAUGCUGCGCGGGAAACAGCCCGCGCUGCCGCCCUCGCCGGAAGUGCAGCGGCUCGGCAACUUCGCGCGCGCCUCCCCUCGGGACCGCAACCCGCGCAAUAUCGUCACGCCCGAGAAAGUCGACUUGUGGCCGCGCGCUGCCGAGAGCCCGCUUGCGCGCAAAUUCACACCCCCCUCCCCAGGCAACGUUCUGCGCAAUUUGCAAAGCCCGCAUUCGCGCGAGUCCAAGUCGCGCGAGUCCAGGUCGCGCGACUCGCGAUCGACGGUCGAGCAUCGACGGAUGGAUACGGACACCGAGUAUGAGAUGCGUCCCGAGAGCUCGGAGUCGCAGAAAAGGUCGACGCCGGAUUACCACCACUUUCUGUACGAAAACGAAGACGGGGAGAAAGUUGUUCUCGUCGAUGGGGUGGAUACAGGUGUGUUGACGGACGGGGCAAAGAGGAAACGGUCCCCCGGGGGAUUCAACCGGGCGGAAUACGACCCGGUUGAACAGUUUAGCGGGGAGGUUUGGAAGGACGACGAUAUGGACGGUCUAGAUAUGUCCAAGCUGAGGUGGACCCCGGGGCAGCCGUUGAUGCACUACUGGGCGGGGCCUCCCGGUGGUGACACAUUGCAAGAAGCGCGUCGUGACACGUGGCAGGGAGCCGUCCCGGCGGGAGACGCUCCGCCGAUCGGCGAACCGUGGGGGGCCGAGUCGACGAGUGACGGCGCCGGCGCGGUCGCACCGCAGAUCAGAGGGUUCGGAGAAUCUGCUGACGGGUAUUCGAAAAUAAUGGUGAAGUCGCACAGCGAGAGGUAUAGCGUCAGAACGGAGGAGGCGGGUUGGCCGGAAAUGGGGGCCGAAAGUGCGGACUGGGGCAAACGGAAACUAACCAGGUCGCUUAGUAACCCGCUUUUUGUUGGGGAAGGGGGGGGGCAUCCGCUGUUUGGGGAAGAGGACGGGGAGGGCACAAACCCGCUAUUUAUUGAGAAGGUUGCAACGCCGGAGGAUCCGUUUCUUAGCGGUAAAGGGUUUACUUACCUGGAGGUCCAGUCCCGAAGCUCGUCGCAUUCGAGCCCGUUGGAGAAUGCUUCUCCGCUUCCGAAGGUGUACUGAGUGGACAGGUGCAAGCGAAUUGCAUGCGUCAAAUAGGGAAUGGUCGAUAUGUGCAAUCUGCAGUAUUUGAUCGAAGGCACCCGUUUCUAUUCGUUCCCUUCUUUGAGUAAUUGCAGCCGAGCCUUGUACGAUUCUUUCUAAGCCUAUGUAUAGAAGCAGCUGAUUGUAGAAUAGGACUAAUUGCUGGUGGAGGCACGUUAUUUGUACAUGUUGAUGUGUUGGGGUGGUAUCGGAGUCAAGGUCAGUUGCAUUGAGGACUUGAUAGGCAGCUGUGAAGGUGAUCUGUUGAGAACUUAACGAUUGAGCAGAUCUGAUCAGUGGUCAACCUUUGUACUUGGAACUUUGUGAGACGAUCAGGGCACGAUCGAUAAAUGUCCAGAUUUUAUACUUGCG